UGUGAGGGGAUGCGUAGGCAAUGAAGGAAACGAACUGCAGGUGGCCCCAUACCGAUGUUGUACUGGGCGGUUGAAGAAGAUAGAAUCCCGCAUUACCUUGAGACCUCUUGGAUGUUGCUGUUUUAAUAGAGCUCCCACCGGAUUUCACUUGAGUGCCGGUGUUGGAUUGUGUGAUCGGUUUCAUGCGAGUUGAGGGACGCUGGUUGCGUGGACGUGGAACAAGUUUGCAGCACCAGACGCAAACUGUGUUUUGGGAUGCGAUUUUGGCUGGUUUCUGGGGCACUGCUCUGCGGCUUGCUUUCGGGUCUGUGUGGAGAACUAGGGACAUUGUAAGUGAGUGACCUGGAGUACUUGAGCCAGAGGUUUCGUUUCCACCCGCCAGUUUCGAAACCCUGCUGGAAAGCGGCCAUUUAUUGGAGCUAGGGUAGAAUCGGCUUCAUCCUUCAACUAGUUUCUUAUUUUAAGAGUCCCAACGUGAUUCAGAGGAAGCUAGUACAUGGGCAGAGCGAGAUUGGUUGUCUUGGAAUGAGCACUUUCAACUCCACUACAAGCGCGGCCGCCACUGAAAGGUCUUAAAUACGACGCUACUAGCAAGGGCAUGCAGUGUCCAUAGUCUGCCACUUGAGUAUCGAGCUAUCUUAAAUUAUUGCAGUUUAAUGGGCUGCUGAUGAUUGAUAGAGUCCGUGCUGGAACAGCAAUGAUCAUGGCUCAGCCUUUGUUUGCAUUUAAAUUUAUGUAGAGAUGCCCGCUCCUCUGAACACGACAACGUGUGAAAGAUACAAAUGCUUGCAGGUAUGCAUUGCAGCCUGCAUUGAACUCUUCAGAAACUGUGAUUGAGCUUGCGCUUCUGCACAGCUAACUGUGCCGACGUUCGGAUGACUCGCUUCUUCCUGUUCUUCAUGGACCAGUCUCUGGAGUUCUGAGUUGGGUCCAAGGAGUCGCUAGCGACGCUCACGUUUCUUAUUCAAUGACAGAAUGCGAGGAUUAUCUCAAGUGACCUCCGAUUGAUUCCCGAAACCAUGUACACUAGAUUGAGACAAGCUCGUAGUGACUAUCAAGAUCAUAAAGGUGAACUCUACUCUGAGGCUAGCCAAUAGUUCCUGAGAUCCUUGAAACGUAUUAUGUAACCAUGCUCGGGUCGCCGCGAAGAUUUGGUACAAUGGCACCAACAAGGUUGAUGGUCAUCGCAAUGUCGCUGUUAUCUCUUGCAUGUUUUUAUUGUAGUGUCUCAGCUCAGUCGAGCAAGACAGACAUCGUAGCGUUGCUGAGUUUUAAAGAAAGCAUCACCAACCUCGCUCAUGAGAAGCUCCCUGACUGGACAUACACGGCUUCCUCUCCGUGCUUGUGGACGGGGAUCACUUGCAACUAUCUCAACCAGGUCACGAAUAUUUCACUCUAUGAAUUCGGAUUCACGGGCUCCAUCUCCCCCGCCCUCGCAUCGUUAAAAAGCCUAGAGUAUCUAGACCUGAGCUUGAACUCUUUCUCCGGAGCCAUUCCAAGCGAGCUUGCCAACCUUCAGAACUUGCGAGUUCUAGACCUCAACUCAAAUAACCUUCUCUCGGGGACCAUUCCCGAGAAUUUCUGGGACGGUCUCGUGAAGCUGGAGUACUUGGACUUGAGCUACAACAUGAUCUCGGGGAGUAUCCCGGCAAAGAUUGGCAAUUUGAGGAUGCUGAGCACUUUAAUCCUCGCGGGGAACUCCUUCACCGACGUAAUUCCCCAGCAGCUGGAUGGGUUGGUGAACCUGGUGCAGUUGGACUUGAGCAUGAAUUCCUUUGAGGGCGAGCUUCCGUUGCAGCUGUCUCAAUUAGUGAACUUGGAGUACAUUUCUUUGAGCUCGAACAGGUUGACGGGUGCGCUGCCCACGUUGAACGAAGGCAUGUCGAAGCUCCGGCAUAUCGAUUUCAGCGGCAAUUUGUUCUCCGGACCGAUAUCGCCCUUAGUCUCUGCAUUGUCGUCGGUUGUACAUUUGGAUUUAAGCAAUAAUCUAUUAACGGGGACUGUGCCUGCCAAGAUCUGGACCAUUACAGGACUGGUGGAGCUUGACAUCGGGGGAAACACGGCCUUGACGGGAACCAUUCCGCCUGCAAUCGGCAACUUGGUCAAUCUACGGAGUUUGUACAUGGGCAACUCCCGUUUCGAAGGGCCCAUUCCGGCGGAGCUUUCGAAAUGCACCGCAUUGGAGAAGUUAGAUUUGGGCGGAAACGAAUUCUCGGGCAAGAUUCCAGAAUCGUUGGGUCAGCUUAGAAACCUCGUCACGUUGAACUUGCCAGCGGUCGGGAUUAAUGGAUCCAUACCGGCGUCUCUCGCAAACUGCACGAAGCUCAAGGUUUUGGAUAUCGCCUUCAAUGAGCUUAGUGGAACUCUUCCAGACUCGCUCGCGGCGCUUCAGGACAUCAUAUCAUUUUCGGUGGAAGGCAACAAGCUAACAGGGCUGAUUCCAUCAUGGCUCUGCAACUGGAGAAAUGUUACCACGAUCCUCCUCUCCAACAACCUCUUCACCGGGUCGAUCCCCCCGGAGCUCGGCACCUGCCCGAAUGUCCGCCACAUAGCUAUCGAUGAUAACCUCCUCACGGGUAGUAUUCCUCCGGAGCUUUGCAACGCGCCCAACCUUGACAAAAUCACGCUGAAUGACAACCAACUAUCGGGAAGCUUGGACAACACUUUCCUCAACUGUACUCAGACAACUGAAAUCGACCUCACCGCCAACAAGCUAUCUGGUGAAGUGCCGGCCUAUCUCGCAACUCUGCCGAAGCUAAUGAUUCUAUCCCUUGGGGAGAACGACCUAACGGGAGUCCUCCCCGACCUGCUGUGGAGCUCGAAAUCUUUGAUUCAAAUUCUCCUAUCGGGAAACCGGCUCGGCGGGAGGUUGUCCCCUGCCGUGGGGAAGAUGGUCGCUUUAAAGUAUCUUGUGCUCGACAACAACAAUUUCGAAGGCAACAUCCCUGCUGAGAUCGGUCAACUCGUGGAUCUCACUGUUUUGUCCAUGCAGAGCAACAAUAUAUCCGGGUCCAUACCUCCGGAACUCUGCAACUGCCUCCACCUCACGACUCUCAACUUAGGCAACAAUUCCCUGUCGGGGGGUAUUCCUUCUCAAAUUGGGAAGCUUGUGAACCUCGACUACUUGGUUUUGUCGCACAACCAGCUCACAGGACCAAUUCCUGUCGAGAUCGCAUCGAACUUUCGCAUCCCCACCUUGCCCGAGUCUAGCUUUGUACAGCAUCAUGGCGUGUUGGACCUCUCCAACAACAACUUGAAUGAGAGCAUCCCGGCUACUAUUGGUGAAUGCGUGGUCUUAGUAGAGCUUAAGCUCUGUAAGAAUCAGUUGACGGGUUUGAUACCUCCCGAGUUGUCGAAGCUCACUAAUUUGACAACGCUAGAUUUCUCUAGGAAUAAGCUCAGCGGCCACAUUCCUGCAGCGCUUGGGGAGCUUCGCAAGCUUCAGGGUAUCAACUUAGCCUUCAACCAGUUGACAGGGGAGAUUCCAGCUGCGAUCGGGGAUAUUGUGAGCUUGGUGAUAUUGAACUUGACAGGCAACCAUCUCACAGGAGAGCUUCCCUCGACGCUGGGAAAUAUGACGGGGUUGUCCUUCCUGGAUGUGAGUGUGAAUGAACUAGUUGGGGUGAUCCCCGCAACCUUGUCCAACCUCAUCUCUGUCGUGGGACUUGAAGUGCAGGAGAACUAUUUCUCGGGAACCAUUCAUGGUCUCUUCUCGGAAAGCUCCGCGUGGCACCAGAUGCAGACACUCAACUUGAGCUACAACCUCCUCAGCGGCGAGAUUCCGGCCACCAUCGGCAACCUAUCAGGGUUAUCGUUUCUCGAUCUGCGAGGAAAUCAUUUCACGGGGGAGAUACCAGACGAAAUUUGCAGUCUUGUACAGUUGGAUUACUUAGAUUUAUCUCACAAUCACCUCACGGGAGCAUUUCCAGCCAGUUUGUGCAAUCUCAUCGGUCUGGAAUUUGUGAAUUUCUCGUACAAUGUCUUGUCUGGGGAGAUACCCAACAGCGGAAAAUGUGCUGCAUUUACGGCGAGCCAAUUUCUCGGGAACAAGGCGCUGUGUGGCGAUGUCGUGAACUCUCUUUGCCUAACUGAGAGUGGAUCAAGCUUGGAGAUGGGCACGGGGGCCAUUCUGGGGAUCUCUUUCGGAAGCUUAAUUGUAAUUUUGGUUGUGGUGCUCGGAGCACUCCGUCUGAGGCAGCUGAAGCAAGAGGUAGAAGCCAAAGACCUUGAGAAAGCAAAACUUAACAUGAACAUGACCUUAGAUCCAUGCAGCUUGAGUUUGGACAAGAUGAAGGAGCCUCUGAGCAUCAAUGUCGCAAUGUUUGAGCAGCCAUUGCUUCGUCUCACACUCGCCGACGUUCUCCGUGCUACCAAUGGCUUCAGCAAGACAAACAUCAUCGGCGACGGCGGAUUCGGGACGGUGUACAAAGCGCACCUCCCCGACGGACGCAUUGUUGCCAUCAAGAAACUGGGUCAUGGGCUCUCCCAAGGCAACCGGGAAUUUCUCGCGGAGAUGGAGACUCUCGGUAAGGUGAAACAUAGGCACCUGGUGCCAUUGCUGGGAUACUGCUCCUUUGGUGAGGAGAAGCUUCUGGUUUACGAUUACAUGAAAAAUGGCAGCCUGGAUUUGUGGCUGCGAAACCGAGCAGAUGCGCUUGAACACCUAGACUGGCCAAAACGGUUCCGCAUCGCGCUUGGAUCGGCCCGCGGGCUCUGCUUUCUCCACCACGGAUUUAUUCCGCACAUCAUUCACCGCGACAUUAAGGCAAGCAACAUCCUUCUGGACGCUAACUUCGAGCCCCGAGUGGCAGAUUUCGGACUGGCAAGGCUCAUCAGCGCAUAUGAUUCCCAUGUUAGUACCGACAUUGCCGGCACUUUUGGUUACAUUCCUCCGGAGUAUGGCCAGAGCUGGCGAUCCACCACACGUGGCGAUGUUUAUAGCUACGGUGUGAUUCUUUUGGAGAUGCUGACAGGGAAAGAGCCGACGCGUGAUGACUUCAAAGACAUCGAAGGGGGAAACCUGGUCGGCUGGGUGCGGCAGGUGAUCCGGAAGGGCGAUGCGCCUAAAGCGCUUGAUUCUGAAGUCUCGAAAGGGCCGUGGAAGAACACGAUGCUCAAGGUGCUACACAUUGCCAACCUGUGCACAGCGGAGGAUCCCAUUCGGCGUCCCACUAUGCUUCAAGUGGUGAAGUUUCUCAAGGAUAUCGAGGACCAGGACCACGUAUAGCCUUCGUCCGUCAUUUCCACCUUGGCAAGCAAUUAAUCCUCCCACCUCCCAUGCUGUUCACGUCGUGCGACUCCUGCGGUGGAGUCACAGACUACUAUUUCAACAUUCGAAAGUUUCUUUUGGUUUGCAGGACGGAAUUCGUAGACCGCAGAUUUCAUACGUUCACAAUCGUUUCGCUGGCUCUAAUUCUUCUCUCAAGGCCAUUUAAUUUUAAGCUCCCUCGAUGCUUCCACACAUGAAGCGUGGCUUUGUGAACCCGCUCUCGUGUCCUCCUCAGGAUGUAGGUGCUACACUUUGGUUGUGUUAUGAAUGGAACAUAAUUAUUACACAGGUUUGUAUCAUUUAUCAGACUCGCUGUACUGUACAGAGCACGGAGAUGAAGAGAAAUUACUGUAGCUCCUAGUGGCAUUCUCGAAACAUUGAGCGUUAUGCAACGCUCCUGCACUGAGAUCUUUAUGUAUGAGUUAGAUCGUAGAAGAUUGAUUGAUAUGAUAUCAGAGUAUCCAUCGGGGAAUUCAUUUGUGUAGCAGCUUGCGGUUACCAUUAGGCUCAAUAAAAAACUACCCUCAUGCAUAUAAUUCAAAUUA